AUGACGUGGCGGACAUUCGAUCAAAACGCAAAGGGUCUUGCAUUGCUUGACGGUGACAGGAUUGCCAGAGGGGCACCUCCACAUACUCACUUAGUCCGACACUCCAGCCCUCACCACCCGGGUGUAUGCCAUGUGGCCUGUUCGUUGCCGAUGGAUAUCGACGAUUUUCUCAUUCAGUACGAUCUGAGCGAGGAGCAACUGGAGCUUGCGGCGAAGCUGAAAGCCGAAGCCAACUUCAGGCAGCUGCUCAAUGUGCUGGCUGACCAUGUGCUGUUCUUCAGUCGACCUAGGCCUCGACGAGCUCCAGCCUCGAAGCUGCGUGCGGAGGUCUUUGCCUGGUUCUCGGAGCUCUCGGUGGAGGACCGACUCUCUGUGCUCACCUGCCACGAUGCAGGGUGGGUCCGCACAGUGCUCAAGAUGUGCCGGCUUCGAGGAUGGCAGCCGCGGUGGGAGGGGCACUUCAAGGUGGCACCGAAGCCGGUGCCCCCCGCAGGCCGUGUGUCCAAGGCUAGUGCCUCCGGGACCGUACGACGCAACGAGGCACAAGUUCCUCGAGAUCCGAACGUCCAUUACCGACGCCCCCACAGGUUGCCAGAUGGCGAGAUUCUUGCGCCACCGGCGACGGCGGACUUUCGCGCCGCCUCUGCGGCGCUGCUGGCGGGGCUGCGCGUUGCCUUUCGGGGAUGCUGCUGUGCAUCCAUGGCCUUUGACUGGGGCGUCAUCAUGCCUGCACCCGCCACCGUCACAGACUGUGAGGCUUUCUUCUCCUUGCUGGACGAUGUCUCCCUUGGGAGGUUCCUGCGAGAGAAGGAGGAGCUUGUGCCCAAGAUGGGUGCCAGCGGAUGGCCCGAGGCACCGUGGCUGCGGCAGUGGGCCACACAUGCGCCGCUCAGCGCGCACCUGGGCUCUCGCCUGGAAGUGCUUCUCCUGCAAGCCUACGCCUCGCGCAUGCAGGCAGAGCCGAGCCUGCCACUGGCAGAGGUUUGGGCGUCGAUGCCGCCGGCGCAGCGCCGGCAGACCAUGGCACGGCUGGGUCGCUCGCUCCUGAGGCGUCUCUUCUCAGAGACGCAUCAGGCGAUGACAUCUGGAGGCUUGCCUAGUGCUUUCUGCAUGAGGGUUGUGGCCCCUCGAGGGAUUAUCUUCGCAUGCCGGAUCGACUGGCGAUCGUCCUGUUGGGAGAUGGUAUGA